AAACGUCGAGCGAAAUGUGCACGAAACGAACCAGAGAAAGGUGAGAGGAUAUUUUAUGUGGUGGUGGAUGGUGAGUUGAAUUCGACGGUGAUAUCGAACGUUCGUGAGAUAAGUGAGUAUCUGAGUAAUAAGCAUUUGAUGAUUAAUUACGAUUAUUACGUUCAACGACAUUUGUUACCGUCAUUGCAACGCUGUUUCGACUUUCUGAAUAUUCAGUUCAGAUGGGCGAGGCCGUCGCUGAAUGCUUGUUAUAAGUGA